AUGCGGCCGCGCGUGGGCGGGGCCGGCGGUGGCACCGGGACCUUCCGCGGGGACACGUCCCACGGUGGUGGCAUCUCCCAUGGCUUCGGCUCCCACGGUGGCACCCGCAAGAGGGACAUCUCCAACAUCUCCCAUGGUGGCAUCAAUCAUGGUGACAUCUCCCAUGGUGGCAUCUCCCAUGGUGGCACCUCCCAUGGUGACGUUUCUGAUGGCGGCAGCUCCCACAGGGACAUCUCCCAUGGUGGCAUCAAUCAUGGUGACAUCUCCAAAGGUGGCAUCUCCCAUGGUGGCAUCUCCCAAAAUGACCUCUCCAAAGGUGGUGGCAUCUCCCGCAGGGACAUCUCCCAUGGUGGCAUCUCCCAUGGCUUUGUCUCCCAUGGUGGCACCUGCAACGGUGACAUCUCCAACAUCUCCCAUGGUGGCACCUCCAAUGGUGGCAUCUCCAAUGGUGGCAUCUCCCAUGGUGGCAUCAAUCAUGGUGACAUUUCCAAUGGUGACAUCUCCCAUGGUGGCACCUCCCAUGGCUUCGGCUCCCAUGGUGGCACCUGCAACGGUCACGUCUCCAACAGUGGUGGCAUCUCCCAUGGGGACAUUUCCAACGGGGACAUCUCCCAUGGUGGCAUCUCCCAUGGUGACGUUUCUGAUGGUGGCAUCUCCCAAAAUGACAUCUCCAAAGGUGGUGGCAUCUCCCGCAGGGACAUCUCCCAUGGUGGCAUCUCACACGGCAUCGUUUCUCAUGGUGGCACCUGCAAUGGUGACAUCUCCAACAGUGGUGGCAUCUCCCAUGGGGACAUUUCCAACGGGGACUUCUCCCAUGGUGACAUCUCCCAUGGGGACAUAUCCAACGGGGACAUCUCCCAUGGUGACGUUUCUGAUGGUGGCAUCUCCCAAAAUGACCUCUCCAAAGGUGGUGGCAUCUCCCGCAGGAACAUCUCCCAUGGUGGCAUCUCUCAUGGUGACAUUUCCAAAGGGGGCAUCUCCCAUGGUGGCAUCUCCCAUGGGGACAUUUCCAACGGGGACAUCUCCCAUGGUGGCAUCACCUCCCACAGUGACAUUUCCUACAGUGGUGGCAUCUCCCACGGUGGCACCUCCAAUGGUGGUGACAUCUUCUAUGGUGGCACUUCCCACGGGGACAUUUCUCACGAUGGUGGCAUCUCCCAUGGCUUUGCCAACUCCCAUAACAGAUCCACCUCCCAUUCUGGUGCCACCUCCAACAGCUUUGUCACCUCCAACAGCGGUGCCACCUCCCACAGUGACAGUUCCGAGGACUUUGGCACUUCCCAUGACAGUGACAUCUCCCACGGUGGUGGCAUCUCCCACGGCUUCGACACCUCCCACGGUGGUGCCACCUUCAACAGCGACAUCUCACAAGGCUUUGUCACCUCCCAUGGUGGUGGCAUCUCCCACGGCUUCUACACCUCCCAUUCUGGUGCCACCUCCAACAGAGACAUCUCCCAUGGCUUCGACACCUCCCAUGGUGGUGCCACCUCCAACAGUGACAUCUCAAAUGGCUUUGGCACCUCCCACGGUGGUGGCAUCUCCCACGGCUUCGACACCACCCAUGAUGGUGCCACCUCCAACAGUGACAUCUCCCAUGGUGGUGGCAUCUCACAAGGCUUUGUCACCUCCCAUGGUGGUGCCACCUCCAACAGUGACAUCUCCCAUGAUGGUGCCACCUCCAACAGUGACAUCUCAAACGGCUUCCUCACCUCCCACGGUGGUGGCAUCUCCCACAGCUUUUACACCUCCCACCCUGCUGCCACCUCCAACAGCGACAUCUCCCACGGUGGUGGCAUCUCCCAUGGCUUCCUCACCUCCCACGGUGGUGGCAUCUCCCACAGCUUUCUCACCUCCCAUGAUGGUGCCACCUCCCACAGUGACAUCUCCCAUGGUGGUGCCACCUCCCACAGCGACAUCUCCCACGCUGGUGGCAUCUCCCACGGCUUCCUCACCUCCCACCCUGCUGCCACCUCCUGCCUGUCCCCCCUCCUCACCAUCUCCACCCACCCCUUCCUCCUGGUGCUCCUCCUGCUCCUGCUGUCCAUCCCCGUCCCCUCUUUGGCCGCCACCUUCAAGGUCGGCGUGCUGGGCCCCUGGGGCUGCGACCCGCUGCUGGCGCGGGCGCUGCCGGACGUGGCCGCGCGCCUGGCCGUGGGCGCGCUCAACCGCGACGCGCUGACCGCCGGCUACUGGUGGGACGCCGUGCUGAUGUCCGAGCCGUGCUCCACGCCGCAGGCCGUGGCCGGCGUGGUCAGCGCCGAGCGCUACGCCAGCGCCAUCGUGGGGCCGCCAACAACCCGGCAGCGUGCGGCGCCGCGCGCUGCUGGCCGCCGCGUGUGGAACAAGCCCCUGGUGUCCUGGGCGCGGCGGCGCGCGGCGGGCGGCGCCGGGCGCGGGCGGUCACUCUGCUGCGGCCGCUGCCGCGCGCCGGCCGCGGUGCUGCACGCCGUGCUGCGGUACUUCCGCUGGGCGCACGUGGCCGUGGUGGCCGCGCCGCAGGACCUGUGGGUGGACACCGGGCUGGAGGUGGCCAAGGAGCUGAGGGCCAGAGGGUUGCCGGUCAGCGUGGUCACUGUGGCCGGAGAGGAGGAGGAGGAGGCGGAGGAGGCGCUGAGGAGGGUGCAGAGGGCGGACGGGGUCAGAGUGAUCCUGAUGUGCAUGCACUCGGUGCUCCUGGGCGGCCGCGAGCAGAAGGUCCUCCUGGAGAAGGCCGAGGACCUGGGCAUGACCGACGGCACCUUCGUCUUCGUGCCGUACGACGCGCUGACCUUCGCGCUGCCCUACCGCGGCGUCCCCUACCCCGUGCUGGCCAACAGCACCAAGCUGCGCCUGGCCUACGACGCCGUGCUCACCGUCACCAUCGACUCGCCCGACGCCUCCUUCCACGAGGCCCUGGACGAGGCCAAGCAGGCCUACGAGGUCCCCGCCGACCUCGACCCCGCUGAGGUCCACCCUCUCUUCUCCACCAUCUACAACUCCAUCUACUUCCUGGCCACGGCGGUGGAGGCGGCGCGCCGCGGCGGCCGCUGGGUGAUGGGCACCAGCGUGGCCGACCACGCCCGCGGCUUCCAGCUCCGGGGCUUCUGCCAGACCUUCACCGUGGACCAGGACGGCGCCGUGUCGGUGCCCUACGUGGUGCUGGACACGGACGGCAAGGGCCACCACCUGUGGGCGGUCUACGGGCUGGAGCCGGGCACGCGCGGCCUCAGCUACCGCAGCCACAGCCCCCACUGGCCCCACAGCUCCAGCCCGGCCACCGACGCCGGCUGCUGGUUCGACUCCGGCGCCAUCUGCAACGGUGGUGAGCGCGGAGGUGGUGGUGGGGUGGUGGAGGUGGUUAUGGGGUCUGCUGUGUGUCCCCAAUGUCCCCGCUGUCCCCGCUGCAGGCGCCGCAUUCAGCAGGCCCAGCUCAUGAAGGGCCCCAACAAAAUCAUCCUGACCAUGGAGGACCUGACCUUCAUCAACACGCAGAGCAGCAAGCAGGUGGACAGCAGCCAGGCCAGCCUGGCCGGCCAGAGCGGGGGAGGGGACACCAAGAGCGGCCCCACCCCUGGCCCCGACACCACCAACGUGGCCGUGGCCGAGGUGAGACCCCCCAAGGGCAGCGCAAACCUCCCGCUGCUGCUGCUGCUCUUUAACCAGCAGGGCCUUGUCGCCUCCGUGCAGGGGGACUGGGUGUGGCUGAAGAAGUUCCCGGGUGACCAACACACGGAGGUGAAACCGGCCACCAAGCUGACCUUCUGCAAGCUGCGGGACCUGCGCCACGAGAACGUGAACCUGUUCCUGGGCUUCUUCCACGACUGCGGCAUCUUCGCCAUCGUGUCGGAGCACUGCUCGCGCGGCAGCCUCGAGGACCUGCUGCGCAACGAGGACAUGAAGCUCGACUGGAUGUUCAAGUCCUCGCUGCUCAUCGACCUCAUCAAGGGCGUGCGGUACCUGCACCACCGCGACGUGGUGCACGGGCGGCUCAAGUCGCGCAACUGCGUGGUGGACGGGCGCUUCGUGCUCAAGGUCACCGACCACGGCUACAACCAACUGCUGGAGGCGCAGCGCGUGCCGGCCCCGCCCCCGCAGCCCCACGAGCGGCUGUGGACGGCGCCGGAGCUGCUGCGGGGGCGGGCGAGCGCCCUGGGCGGCACGGCUGGCAUCGGCAUCAUCAUGCAGGAGGUGAUCUGCAGGAGCCGCCCCUACUGCAUGCUGGGGCUGCCCCCCGAAGAGAUCAUCGAGAAGGUGCAGCGGCCGCCGCCCCUGUGCCGCCCCGCGGUCUCGGCCGACCAGGCCCCGCUGGAGUGCAUCCACCUGAUGAAGGAGUGCUGGAGCGAGCAGCCCGAGAAGAGACCCACCAUCGACCAGGUGUUCGACCAGUUCAAGGGCAUCAACAAGGGCCGCAAGACCAACAUCAUCGACUCGAUGCUGCGCAUGCUGGAGCAGUACAGCAGCAACCUGGAGGACCUGAUCCGCGAGAGGACCGAGGAGCUGGAGAUCGAGAAGCAGAAGACCGACAAGCUCCUGACCCAGAUGCUGCCGCCGUCGGUGGCCGAGGCGCUGAAGAUGGGGACGCCGGUGGAGCCCGAGUACUUCGAGGAGGUGACGCUCUACUUCAGCGACAUCGUGGGCUUCACCACCAUCUCGGCCAUGAGCGAGCCCAUCGAGGUGGUGGACCUGCUCAACGACCUCUACACCCUCUUCGACGCCAUCAUCGGCUCCCACGACGUCUACAAGGUGGAGACCAUCGGCGACGCCUACAUGGUGGCCUCGGGGCUGCCCAAGCGCAACGGCAACCGGCACGCCGGCGAGAUCGCCAACAUGUCGCUGGACAUCCUCAGCUCCGUCGGCACCUUCAAGAUGCGCCACAUGCCCGAGGUGCCCGUGCGCAUCCGCAUCGGGCUGCACUCGGGGCCGUGUGUGGCGGGCGUGGUGGGGCUGACCAUGCCCCGGUACUGCCUGUUCGGGGACACGGUGAACACGGCGUCGCGCAUGGAGUCCACCGGGCUGCCCUAUCGCAUCCACGUGAACCAGCGUACGGUCGCCAUCCUGCUCUCGCUGCAGGAGGGGUUCAAGGUCGACAUCCGCGGCAAGACCGAGACACAGGGUAAGGGAGUGGAGGACACCUACUGGCUCGUGGGCCGCGAGGGAUUCACCAAACCCAUCCCCACCCCCCCCGACCUCCUGCCGGGUGCGAGCAACCACGGGAUCAGCCUGGACGAGAUCCCGGCCGAGCGGCGCCGCAAGCUGGAGAAGGCGCGGCCGGGCCAGGUGCUGAAAUAG